UUCUCUCAGUCCGUCCUGGGCCGCACUUGUUUUCGGCCCGGAUCGCGCAGUUGUUUCUCGAAGCCGCGGCACGCAGCGAGGUAUCGCGGCCUUCCUUAUCCCCGUCGUCGCGGUAACCGGACGAGACCGUAUCGGCGCCUUGCUCGUACACGUCAAGAGACACCCGGAGGACCGUGCACCGCGAGACCACGGAAAACCAGGCCGGGGUCGAGCCAGCGGCGUCGAACCGGCCGCGGUCCCGUGAUAUCUUCCUGCCCCUGAUCCCCGGCGACCCGGGGAACGCGGGGGCCCAGCUCUCCUCCAGGACACCUCCUCGGCGAGGAUGUCGCAGCGCGACACCGUCAUUCACCUCAUCGGCGGAGGAGUGGCCGGGACGGUGGGGGCGAUCGCCACGUGUCCCCUGGAGGUCGUCAAGACCCGGCUGCAGUCUUCGACCUCGGGCUUCCACCCACCACCAGGCUCGCAGGAGUUCAACUCGGGUCAUGUCACCUGCAAGAGCUUCCCUACGCCGCAGCAGAGGCGCCUCUGCACCGGGAAGAACACUAGGUACUCGCCGAUGGCGCUCUCUCACUGCGGCGUGGCGCCUCCAAAAGGGGGCCUACCCCCACCUCCGCCGGGCCUCCUGAAGUGCCUCAAGUACAUCUGGAAGCACGAGGGCUAUAGGGCCCUCUUCAAGGGCCUGGGCCCUAAUCUCGUCGGCGUUGCCCCCUCGCGCGCCAUCUACUUCUGCACUUACUCGCAGAGCAAGAACACGUUCAACACGGUCCUACCGCCCGACACCGCCCUCGUCCACCUGUGCUCCGCCUUCUGCGCAGGUUUCGUGGCAUGCACGGCGACAAAUCCGAUUUGGUUCGUCAAGACGCGGCUUCAGUUGGACCGAGAAACGAACAGGAUCACCGCCCUCGAGUGCGUCCGAAGGAUAUACCAACAGUCGGGUUUCCUCGGCUUCUACAAGGGCAUCGUCGCCUCCUACGUAGGCAUCAGCGAGACGGUCGUGCACUUCGUCAUCUACGAGGCCACCAAGUCCUGGCUGAGCGCGCACCGCGUGCGAACGGUGCGCAACCCUGAAGAGAUGAACCUGAAGCAGCCCCGAGACUUCGGGGAGUUCAUGGCCGCGGCAGCCUUCUCCAAGAGCGUCGCCUCCUGCAUCGCCUAUCCGCACGAGGUGGCGAGAACGCGGCUCAGAGAGGAGGGGACGAAGUACCGGACCUUCUGGCAGACCUUGAACACGGUGUACACGGAGGAGGGCAUCCGAGGGUGGUACAGAGGCCUGAACACCCAGCUCGCCCGGCAGAUCCCCAACACGGCUAUCAUGAUGGUCACCUACGAGGCGGUCGUCGACUUCCUGUCCGACCGUUUCAAGCCCUGCCCUGCUACGAGCAAUCCCAGCGGCGGCGCCAACCCCAACGGCAACGGGAACAGCAACAGCCAGUUCUACGCCGAGGCAAAGGCCAAGCGGGAGCUGGCCUAGGACUUGCUGACGGCCCCCGAGUAGCGGGCCGAGCCCAACCAGUGGUCCCUGACCUGACCCAAGCCCCGCGCGGCCCUGACCCUGACCUUGGCCACCACGUGGAGCGCGUGCGGCCUUGGAGGGAAAAUUGUAUAAAAUGUGGAACAAGGCGGGGAAAAUGUGGAGAAUGUAUUGGAAAAUGUGGGGAGCCCGGAAAAGGGCGCGGAAAAUCACAUUAACGCGAGGGAAAACGAGAAGACCCGAGACGACCACUCGACAGGAGAGACGCGUACCGAGUUUCCGAAGAUGAUUGAAGGGGGACUCGAUAAAGUUUGCGCGGUAGGAGACUCCUCGAGAACGAGCACUCGACUCGUAGGUGGCAUGACUUCUGAGGUAUAUGGAAUAACUGCACGUGUAAAUGGCUACUCCGGGAAUUCAGUGGAGGUAUUCACGGAGGUAUUCAGGAGCUUUUAUAGUGACACUCAUUUAUGGCCAGAAAAGCAAGAUAAAAAAAAAAGGAAGUGCGGCCGAAUGCGUAAUGAUAGAAUCAGUUUGCUUGAGCCAGCGAGUACUGCGGACCGCAAAGUCUCAGGGGAGAAGUAUUUUCCAAUUUUCUGUACAAACAUUUUUACCAUUCCCUCGAAAUUUCGGCACGAACGUUGCUGUUACUUCCUGCAAAAUUCGACAUGAACAAUCGCUGGACGCGCGGCAAAAUUCUCCGUGCAAAUCCGUUGGUAGUUGUUUAUUAAAUCUCGGUAUUGAAUGUCGCCAGACGUGCGACAAAAUGAUCACUGAAUCUCAAGAAGCUUCGAUCCCUCGCCCUCCCAAAAUCAGAAUCUUUCGACUUCUCCUUCGUAACUCAUUAUCAUCUACGUGUGUAGGAGGUCCUUACGAGUCAAUCAACAAGACUCCUUGAGCCUAGGAAUUAAUAUUACCGAAAAAAAAAAAAAAGGUACACCACGAUCGUUCCGUCCUUACAUCAACAUUUAUUAAGCCACCGGAACGAAGGAGCAUCCGGUAAAAAAAUUCAAAGAGCGACCUCCACCCUCUCUCUCUUUUUCUCUCUCAUUCGUCAUCAUUGAACGAAAAUACGCAAAGCCCUCGAGAAUUCCCUCGACUUUUCUAAACAGGAAUACCGAUACUAAAGAAGGAAAUGAAAAUUCCUGCCGAUCUCGAGGGGACAAAAAUCAUUUUUUUAUCGAUGCGAGACCGCCGAGGAACGGAUAAAGAAAAAGGAAUUUUGUACAAUCCGAAAAGAUCUCUCGAGGCUCUCUGGCGUCAUUUAACAAUCAUUGCAAAUGGACGUAUUCAGGCCUGGAAUCGCGCCUCAAUGAUCGCGUUUUUUUACAAGAACUCUUUUAACAUCAAUUAAUAAUCCUACUCGUCUACGGGAUUAGAAAAAGAAAGAAAGAAAGAAAGACCAUUAUUCUCGAGAUGCUUCGCCGAGGGUCGAAUUUCUCAACGAGGCGGAAAUUAUUAAUUAUUAAGACCGUGUGUACAUAUACUUAGUUAAUAAUCGAUAACGCGAUUGUCUCCCUUCGACGUAGGAUUUUUCUCUGUUUUUUAUUUCCCCAUUUUUUUUUCUUCCUCGAGGCUCAGCCUGUGGGUAGAGAGCGAAAGUAGUUCUUUUUUUAUCGUUGUUCAUAGAACAACCUGCGAACCUGUUGUAAAUAGUCGGUUUUUUAGGGCACUAGGAGAUAUGCCAUUUGUAAACUAGAACUGCCGUGGCAAACGAAAAGGUCGUAUAUAUAUAAAAAUAUAUAUAUAUAUAUAUGUAUUGUUAUCUCUAAUGAUAUUCCUUCGAUUUUAUUUUUCUACGGUCUCUGUAGGCUAAUAAAACGAUUUCACGCAACGUUAAACAGUCCUUUCGCGCCUAAAACGAAAUGGGAGAAAGUUGUGAAGACUUAAUUAUAUAUAUAUAUAAAAUGAAAGAAAAGAAAAAAUUGAAAAAUGCAGACACGACCUUUUUGUUCAUCCCGACAGGGUAGGAUUUUGUGUAUAUUAGCAACAAUGGGUCUGGAGGCGAGAAAGUAUUAGGGCAUUAUUGCCUUUCCCUUUCCAAUUUUUUUUAAAGACUUCCUGAACAAAAAAAAUAAUCCAACGACGCGAAAAACUACUCUCGCUCUUUUGCUUUAAUUGAUAGAGGAGAAAAAAGAAAAUAUUAAAAGAGACCAGCAAAGGAAGGAGAACGAUAAUCCUCCAGAAAAUCGAUCCAGGCCCAUUUUCUCUCGUCGACGAAACGGAGACCGUAUAAAUAUUUAUGUAUAAAUAAUCCGUAACAGAGACGAGCGAGUCUGUGAUUUUAGUUUACACCUUUAAACUAUUAAGUGCGAAACGACACUGAUAAAGGAAGUUAAGAAAACUGGACUUCCUCCGGUAUCUGCUUCUACCUUCGAUUAAUAAAACCCAUAAUAAAAUCAAUCGAAUCAAUGAAAAAUCAAAAUCCUAGUCCAAAGCGCCAGAAAAAAGGGGGGGGGGGAUUUGUUUAAAAAAGAAAAUAAUCCCACAUUAUCGCGAGUCAUUCUUUUCCUUCCUUCUCUCGUUUCGUCAAACCAAACAAAAAAAAAAACGAAAAAAAAAUGAAAAAGGAGGUGAAAAGCGAAAGUAAACCAGGGCUGCGAGAAAUAUACAUAUAUAUACGUUUAUAAUAAAGAAAUAUAUAUAUAAGUAGAUAAACGUUAUACGACGAAAGACUGACUUAAUUUUACAGUACUUAGGGACUGAUAAAUACAUCUUAAAAUGAUUUUCCGGCUUUUCAACCAACUCGCGAAGAGAUCGUGUACUUCUCCGUUGAUAAUUAUGACAUUCAAUAGAUUAAAAUAAAAAAAAAAAGGAAAGACGGAUAUUAAAAAUAUAUAAUAAAGAGUCGCGUUAUACUACAAAUAUAUGAUAAGGAGUUAUAUUGAUAAUAGAGGUACGACUUUUUUUUUUAAGGAAACACGUACGAACGAAAUAAAAGAAAAAAAAAACAUAUACUGGAAUAAGCCCAGGAAAUAACUAACGAUUAAUAAUUCAAGGGUCGCGGGAAAGAGCGUCCUCGAAACGAUUAACCCGAUUAAGUGACAUGUAAAGAAAGCUUGACUUUAUGUUCCUACGAUGUACAAAAAUUCGUGUACAGCUCGUGCACUCUCUGUAACGCCUAUUACCCCUUGUAAUAACCGAGAGCAACAAUUAAAGAGGAAUUUCGAAACCUUCCGA